AUGGGGCUUUGGCGGGACCCCUAUGCCUGGACCGCUAGGUUACACCUUCACUGCUCACUAGGGGCAACGUCCAGCCCUGUCCUCCCCCGCCCCCCGAAAUACCCCAACAUCCCUCCCCACCUCCAGCCGCGCGUGACCCCAACCCCGACCCCACCGCGACGGCGCCCUCUCCAGGCCGCGGUGGAGGACACAAGGCAGGCAGCCAAGACUGAUGGCAGCGGCGGCUGGGGGCAGCGCGGUCCCGGGGGAGGGCGGCAGCUGGGCCUCGGCCUGUCCGCAGGGGCAGCGGGCACAGGGCCGCGAGUGGGCAGCGCCUCCGCCCCGCACAAACAAAGCGGCCCGGGCGGGCCGGGCGCAGGGUGGGGUGGGGGGCGCUGGCAGUGGGCACUCACCGGAGGGCUGGCGGGCGGGCGCGGGCGGGCCUGGCCCGGGAGCUGGGACCGCGGCGGGCCCGAGUGCGCGCCGGCGACGGGGAGGGGGCAGCGGGCACAGUGUCCGCGGCGGGGCCAGGGGCCGCGGGCCGGCCUGGAUUCUGCGACCGCGAGGUGCGGGAACCGGUCCGCCGGCGCGGGCAGCGGCGCUAGGCGGCCGGGGCAGCGACGCCGCCGCCUUCCCCUUCUCCUGCCCCGGUCCCUGCUCCCCCGCGUCCUCCUCCUCGCUGGGUCCCCGCCGCCGCCGCCGCCUCAGCCUCGGCGCUUCUCGGGCUUCUCCUCUCCAUCAAGGCCGGGCCGACCCGCAGGGACCAUCCCGGAAACACUGCAAUCUACAGGAGCUUGUGAAUUUCCUCUACUGAAAAUGAAGCAAAGGGGACGUGCUGAUGGCUUCUUUUUAUUACUUUGCCUUUCGCAAGUUGAACCCAUUUGCAAGGAUCCACACAAGUUGGCCCAAGGUUUCUGCUUCUUAAGGAUACUAGCUAUUAAAAAAAAAAAAAAAAAAAAAAGGCACUUUACCCUUUCAGAAUAAGAGGAUUAGAUGUGUUCAAAGGCCAAAUAGGGAGAAAUGUUUCCAAAUGUAGUUUUAGUAAACUAAAACUCAAAGUGAGUAAUUUUUUAAAGUUUAAAUCUAAAUACUGUUAUUAUGAAAAUAUGUUUUAAAGUUCUCUGAAGACAGCAUGUUCAACUAAAAAUGUUAGUAUGCUUUGAGGAUCAUGGAGAUGGGAUUCUAUUUCUUUGACCAUCACACAGUAACGUGUACCCAGUUAGGUUCCAGAUUUCAGCUGCCAUCUUUCAAACCAGUCAUUCUACUAGAAAUGAACAACCUGCAUCAGCAUCUAAAACUUUCAAACCCACGUAUGUCUUUGAGACGACUUUGCAUAAUACAUUUUGGAAUAAAUUAUUGAAAACAAAGCACCUUUAAAAAAAAGCACC